AUGAUACCAGAUGAUCAGCAGAGUCCAGACAUCAUUCUUCCCAUCCAUGGACUAAGAAAUGUUAAAGCCAUUGAUUAUGAUCCUCUUGAUGCAUUUAUCUACUGGAUAGAUGGACGCCAAAACAUUAUUAAAAGGGCAAAAGAUGACGGCAGCCAGCCUUUCACAGUCAUGAAUAUUCGCAACCAAAGCCAAAACCCAGAAAAGCAGCCACAUGACCUGAGCAUUGAUAUUUUCAGCCAUACUUUAUACUGGACAUGUGAAGCUACAAAUACAAUCAAUGUCCACAGACUCAAUGGGGAGCAAAUUGGAGUUGUCUUACGGGGAGAUCAUGACAAGCCCAGGGCCAUAGUUGUAAAUGCAGAACGAGGGUACAUGUAUUUCACUAAUAUGCAAGAGCGAGCCCCAAAGAUUGAGCGUGCAGCCUUGGAUGGAACAGAACGAGAAGUGCUCUUCACCACUGGCUUGCUUCGACCUGUUGCCCUAGUGAUUGACAAUAAACUUGGGAAGCUCUUUUGGGUGGAUGCUGAUCUCAAACGGAUUGAAAGUUGUGACCUAUCAGGGGCUAACCGGGUCACAUUACAAGAUUCCAACAUUCUCCAGCCAAUGGGUUUGACAGUUCUGGGAAAUCAUCUCUACUGGAUUGAUCGGCAGCAACAGAUGAUAGAAAGAGUGGAGAAAACUAAUGGAUACAAGAGGACCAGAAUACAAGGUCGAAUUGCUCACCUAACUGGUAUCCAUGCCAUUGAAGAUAUUGAUAUGGACGAAUUCUCAACCCACCCGUGUUCUCGAGAUAACGGGAAAUGCUCACACCUCUGUAUAGCAAAAGGAGAUGGAACUCCAAGGUGUUCCUGCCCUGUUCAUUUGGUACUUCUGCAGGACCUCUUAACGUGUGGAGAGCCACCAACUUGUUCCCCGGAUCAGUUCACAUGUGCAACUGGUGAGAUUGAUUGCAUUCCCAUGGCAUGGCGUUGUGAUGGCUUUUCAGAAUGUGACGAUCAGAGUGAUGAAGAAAACUGCCCCAUCUGCUCAGCAACCCAGUUUCAAUGUGAGAAGGGGCAGUGCAUCGACGCACAUUUGAGAUGUAAUGGAGAAGUUGAUUGCCAAGAUAAAUCUGACGAAUCUUAUUGUGAAAUAUUAAAAAUUGUUUUGGUGAUUGUCUCCUGUCCCACCCACCUCUUCACAGCUAUUUGUCUCCAGAAUCACUUUCAGUGUGCCAAUGGCCAGUGUAUUCUCAAAAAACAGCAGUGUGACUCCUUUCCGGACUGCAUUGAUGGUUCUGAUGAACUUUUUUGUGAUAAGGCACUUUUUACCGGAGGAGAUAGAGUUCUAAUUUCUUGUAUAUUUUUUUUUACAGAAAAAAUUAAAUCCUCUGAUGAUUCUGGACCCCACAGUAAUGCUAUUGGUCCUGUGAUUGGAAUCAUUCUUACUCUUUUCGUCAUGGGAGGCAUGUAUUUUGUUUGCCAGCGUGUGGUUUGCCAACGCUAUGCUGGGCCUAAUGGACCUUUUCCACAUGAAUAUGUCAGUGGGACCCCUCAUGUCCCCUUAAAUUUCAUUGCUCCAGGAAGUUCUCAGCAUGGGACCUUUACAGGCAUCUCUUGUGGAAAAUCCAUGAUUAGCUCCAUGAGCCUAAUGGGUGGAAGCAGUGGUGCCCCUCUUUAUGACAGAAACCACGUCACCGGAGCUUCCUCUAGUAGUUCAUCUAGUACAAAAGCCACAUUUUAUCCACAGAUUUUGAACCCACCACCUUCACCAGCUACAGAUCGCUCCCUUUAUAACACAGAAAUGUUUUAUUCUUCAAACAUUCCAUCGACAACAAGGUCUUACAGACCCUAUCUUAUCAGAGGGAUUGCUCCACCGACUACCCCCUGCAGCACAGAUGUAUGUGACAGUGACUACACCACAAGUCGGUGGAAAGCCAACAAAUACUACAUCGACUUAAAUUCAGACUCAGAUCCUUAUCCCCCUCCUCCUACUCCUCGCAGCCAGUACAUGUCAGCAGAGGAAAGCUGCCCACCAUCUCCAGCUACUGAGCGGAGUUACUUCCACCUCUAUCCCCCUCCUCCAUCUCCUUGCACAGACUCUUCAUGAUUUUAACAGAAGGGACUUGUCUUUUUCUGUAAAUAUGUUUUUAAAUAUGAACAAAGAUUUUAAAUAUAUAUUUUAUGAUCUAAAAUGGGGCGGGAACUUAUAAAAAUGUGAAUAAAAAUGAAUGGGCCUGGGCUGUGAAAAUUGUACAGCAAAGUGAUAUUUAUGUUGAUUUUUUUAAUUUAAUAAUCCAUUCUUUUGUGCCAUAAUUUGCCUUUGCAUUGAAGUCACAACGUUUAAAUUGACCUCCAAAGGAGGUGAGAAGCAGAAAAUAAUAUGCUUGGAACAUUUUGAAAUCAUCUUUUUGGUUCAAUAAAGGGAAAUGUGCCAAGUUAUUUUAAGUAAUAUAAAAGGCAAGAAGAAGUAUGUAUGAAUGAAUGGUGAUGUUAUUUGAAAUACACACAAGGGAAAUUCCUCUGUGUCUAUG